AUGAAAUUCUCACAAGUCGCACUCGUCUCCGCGGCAGCAGUUUCGACAACUCUUGCUGCCCCAGCAGUCACUACUGUGACACACCACGCUCAUGCUCAACAAACAGCCGUUGUUAAGGGUAGCUUGUACACUGAGAACGGCGUUGUAAAGACGUCGUGGACAACAGAGCUCGAAAACGCAAUUGCCACGUCCACACCAGCAACUGUGGUUUCCGCUACCUCAUCCUCUGCAGCAGUUGCAUCGUCAGUGCCAGCGUCUACUGUUUCAGCCCCAGCUUCAUCUUCUGACUAUUCGAUUGCGUCUACUGUGUCAGCCCCAGCUUCAUCUUCUGACUAUUUGAUUGCGUCUACUGUUGUUCCCGAAGCAACAACGUCCAGUUCUGCCAGCUCCUCCAGCUCCAGCACUUUCUCCUCCGCGCCAGCUACCUCAGUCAGCGUUGCUCAAAAGGUCGCCGCGCAGAGCGUUGCUCCUGUCUCAACCAGCUCCUCUGAAACGUCAUCAUCAUCUACCACUACUUUGUCACCAUCCUCCGAGUCCGCAUCGGCAUCCUCGACCGAAACUUCGACCAGCUCUUCGAGCUCUGCCACUGCUUCAUCAACAUCUUCAUCGUCAGACUUCGAAAGUAGUAUGUUGAAGGCUCACAAUGACAAGAGAGCCUUGCAUGAGGAUACCUCAGACCUAUCCUGGUCUGACACUUUGGCCUCUUAUGCUCAAGACUACGCCGACAAAUAUGAUUGUUCGGGAUCCUUGACCCACUCUGGCGGUCCAUACGGUGAGAACUUGGCCUGCGGAUAUUCGGGAGCGGGCUCUGUUGAGGCUUGGUACGAUGAAAUUAAAUCCUACGAUUGGUCCAAUCCAACUUUCUCCGAAUCUACUGGGCACUUUACACAAGUGGUUUGGAAAUCUACUUCCCAAGUUGGCUGUGGGAUCAAGAAAUGCGGCGGUGGUACUGGUGACUACGUUAUCUGCUCCUACAAGUCCGCUGGUAACUUCCUUGGCGAAUUCGCCGAUAACGUUAUGUCCACCAAAUAA